AUGGCCUCGGCAACAGGAAUCCCUCAAGCUCACCCAGUGACAAUUGAAUCGCGAGAGGAUGAGCCUCUAUUGGGCCGUCCAGGCGAUGUCACACAAAAGGCCGAGGAGGCCAUUUAUCGGAACCUUUUCACAGGAACAGCAAGUGUUGCGCAAGCAGGGAUUUGGAUUCUAGCCGCGUUGGUCUGGCAAGGUGUCUUAGCCCAACCCCUCUCGCUGUUCACCCCGCAUCCACUACUCGGCAGCUCUGCCCUUCUUCUUCAAGUCCAAGCAGCUCUGAUUUUGCAACCAACCGCCACCCCGCAACAAAAGCGUACGGGUACUCGCAUCCACUACUCCUUUCAACUGCUCAGCGUGGUGCUUUUUGUAUCUGCUUUUGUUAUUAUCGAGGUGAACAAGGGCUCUCAUCCGCACUUUGUUUCUCCUCACGGUAUUCUGGGUCUAGUCACUUACAUCGCUAUCGUGCUCCAAGCCGUGGUCGGUGUCAUCCAGUACUUUGCGCCCGUUACCGUACUCGGUAGUGUGGACGCCGGGAAGCGCAUUUAUAAGUACCAUCGCUGGAGCGGUUAUGUUUUGCUACUGCUGGAGAUGGCGACUAUCGUGGCGGCGACGCAGACCACCUACAACUUGAUGGCGAUUCAUAUUCCUCUUUGGGGUGUCGUGGUUGCUGCCAUUUUUAUCCUCGCUGGAGUCGGUGCGAGGAUUAAGAAGCAUAAAUUGGGGCUGUAA